GGUUCGGAAUAUUUUGAAAAACUUGCACAGGAACAAAAACCGAAAUCUCUUUGGAUUUGUUGCUCUGAUAGUAGAGUUUCUCCUGAACUAAUCACUCAAUCAGAUCUAGGUGAAAUCGUAAUUCUCCGAAAUGUCGCAAAUCAAUUCAAAAAAAAAGAUCUUAGUGCUUUAUCAGCAUUAGAAUAUGCUGUGGAAAAACUUGAUAUUAAACACAUAUUUGUGUGUGGUCAUUAUGGGUGUGGUGGCAUUAACCAUCUUAUAGAUCCAGUGUAUAAUACAGAUGAAAGUAGAGGAUACAUUGUGCGUACUCACAUUAACAAAUGGUUAAGCAAAUUCAUUGAUGAAACUUAUGUACCCAAUAGACCUGAAUUCUCUAAAUUAUUUGAUGAAAUAUUAGAAGAAUAUAAGGAUUCAACUGUUGAUGUGCGAAGAGAUUUAUACAUUAGGCGAAAAAAGGAUAAGUUAGUUGAACUUAACGUCAAAAAACAAGUUGACAAUAUUUCUAUGGCUGCUGUUGUUCAAAAAAAAUGGAAAGAGGGUAUUGAAGUUGUUAUACAUGGUCUAGUUUAUGACCUAAAAACUGGUAAACUUAAAGACCUUAAUUGUGACCAUGAUAUUAACUGUUUAAAACGUCCUUGGAUUGAAAUUAAAUGGAAUCAAACGAUAAAUAAUCUUGUGGCUUAUACCAUCAUUGGGAUAUACGCAUAUAUGAUGUACUCCGUACUAACCGUUGAAGUUGUGGAUAGAGAAUUUCGAAUAUUCGUUCGGGUACCGACUAUCGGUCAAUUACUAUGGGGUGAAGAGUAUAAAUCCCAAUUUCCACAACCGUCUGCUACGUUCGUACAAUGUGCUAAUUGGGCAAGUUAUUUUUGUGGAUACUUUUAUUAA